AUGGUUCCGCAAGAUAACACAACCGCGCCAGCUGCGUGCAAGCCAGAAGACAAUAACGGGCAGUCCGCGAUCGCGGAAUCCAAGGUCCGGGAUGAUAGUGGCCCUGUGCCGUCAAGUCAACCUCCAGAAUCCGCCGAUGGCGGCCAAGCUGCGGAUGGAGAUCAAGCAAAACUGGCCAUACCCGUGCAAAAACGAAGACGAGUCACCAGAGCUUGCGAUGAAUGCAGGCGGAAAAAGAUCAAAUGCGACGGCAAACAGCCCUGCACGCAUUGUACCGUCUAUAGUUAUGCAUGCACAUAUGAUCAGCCGUCAAAUCGACGCAGAAACCCUGCGCCGCAGUAUAUAGAAGCCUUGGAAGCUCGUCUACAAAAGGCAGAAACCCUUCUACGUGCCAUUCUCCCAAACGUCGACUUAGAUGACCCGUCGUUUGAUUCCAGCAAUGUGGAGGAGCUUAUUUCGACUGCCAGAAAGGCACAGCCAGAUUCCAAACCGAAACCGGACCCCGAAACACACGAGCUUCCCUCGUCCUCCGAACAAUGCGACGAGUCACUUCUAGAGUCGAUGGUAGAGAAUACCGGUGCUCUGGAUCUCGACGACCAAGGCCAUUGGGAUUACCAUGGCCAGUCCUCCGGUCUGAUGUUUGUCCGCCAUUUACGAAAGCAAUUUGGGAACCUUGUUCCUGAGCGUGCCCCGUCCAAAUUUCAACAGAUUUCACAGAUCUUGGAAUCAGCCAAGUCUUCUUCAGAAUCGCCAAUCGACACAUAUAUGUCCUUGGCCCACGAUCUACCGCCACGAGAUAUUGCCCGCAAACUAUGCGACAAUGCCCUUGAGGACGCGUGCAUUGUGUUACGAUUCAUGCACAAACCCACGUUUAACGCUAUGUUCAACCGAGUUUAUGACAUCCCUGCAGAGCAAUACACAAACAAAGAGAAUGCUUUUCUGCCUUUGUUAUAUCUUACGCUCGCCGUCGGUUGUUUAUUCCGAGGUGUGGGAGAUAGCACCCUUGACAAAUCGGGAUAUGAGCCUGCGGUGGACCAAGGUUUUCAAUACUUUAAAGCGGGCCGACUGCUACUCGACAUAACCGAAUGCCGUGACCUUACGUCCCUUCAAGCAAUUUGCUUUAUGAUUAUAUUCCUCCAAGCGUCAGCCAACGUCAGCACUUGCUAUUCAUAUAUAGGAAUUGCUCUUCGGGCUUCGCUUCGUUUAGGUCUUCAUCGUUCAGUGUCGGCUAAUUUCAACCCUGUGGAAUUGGAAACACGCAAGCGCGUUUUCUGGGUUGUACGGAGUAUGGAUAUUCAUGUCAGCGCAAUUUUGGGCCUCCCAUGGAUGCUAAGUGAGGACGACAUCGAUCAAGAACCGCCUCUUGGAAUUGAAGAUGAAUAUAUAACUCCGGAUGGCAUAUUACCUGUGCCCCCAGGUGCUGUCUCUCUGAUGGAGGGAGCAAAUGGGCACAUACGACUGGUUCAGAUACUACUAAAAGUCACGAAAUAUAUAUACCCUGUGAAGGCUGCGAACCUCGGACCAGGGCACACCUAUAUGGUCAGCCAUUCGAAAAUAAGGGAAAUUGAGCGGGAUCUUCAAAAUUGGAAGGAGGAGCUUCCAGAGGCCCUGAAACCUGGGGGUGAAGCAUCUCCUCAGCUCGACAGGCUGAGGCAAUUAUUGCGCAUCAGUUAUGCGCAUGUGCAGAUGGCAAUGUAUCGGCCAUUUCUACAUUACGUUAGCGCAGGGUCCCAAGGUCGUGGAAUCGAUAAGCGCUCGUACGCCUGUGCUGCUGCCUGUGUGAGCGUUGCUAGAAACGUCGUUCAUAUCACUGCUGAAAUGAAGAAAAAACAACUUUUGAAUGGUUCUUACUGGUUUACGAUGUAUACGACCUACUUUGCUAUCUUAUCUUUGCUCUUUUUUAUUCUCGAGAACCCCGAAUCUGCCAGUGCCAAGGAUGGUAUAUUGAAAGAUGCACUCGAAGGCAAGAAUACAUUGGCUGGCCUCGCAAAACGAAGUAUGGCUGCAGACAGGUGCACACAGAGCCUCAAUGCCAUUUUCAAGCAUUUGCCCGAGAGGCUACGAAAUCGGCGUGGAAACGCACCGGUACCGGUCAAUCGAAAGAGACCACAGCCAACCACUUCGAUGCCAACGCCUACGGCGAAGUUGACUGGAACUCUUACGCCGCCGGGCCCGCUAAAAGAUGCGGAUGGUCUACCGCCUAAUCCGGUGAGAAGAUCUAAUACGUUUCCGAUGCAAAUCGCAGGAAAUGCUCUCAAACAGUCGCAACAAACCGCAGCAAGCAACAACAUUAUCGGCGAAAACCAAACUGCUCCUGCUCGAGUUUUUAAUCAAUCCCCUCUCAUGGUUCCGCCAACUGCAUCUACAGCGCCAUCCACAUCGGAUAGAGACGCUUCACAGAUAUCUACACCAUCCUCUCCAUUGUCUGCCUCCCACCACCCACAAACCAUGAAACAGCCAAUUUCGUUUUCUCCUCCGUUUGACAACGCGAGUCACCUCCCAGAUUUAAUGCCAAUGAUGUUUCCUUCCGAUGACCCAUUCGCGUACCCCAACCAGCCGAUGUCUCUCUUGGAAGAUGGCCAAUUCAAACAGGAUUCUACAGACAUAUCCAGACAAUUCCCUUAUCGACCGAAUCACCCCAUACAAGCAGCUCUCGACGCUGGAACCCCGACCCGAACCACCGCUUCCUCGCCAGCAGGCUUUGUCAAUGCCGCUACUUUCUCCGGAUUUUCCAACCAGGAUAUGAGUACUAUGCCCGGCCUGCCCUCUCAUCCAAAAGGUCCAAACAGGUUCCCAGCACGUCACGAGCGAAGACCUUCAGAGCCAAUGCCCGAGUCAGCGAGCACGGGGUACAUUGAAAACCCGGACCUCGUCACCAUGCCUGGGCAAGCUUUCUUAUGGCAGAAUCUAGGAGUCCAGGGCCCAGGCGGCAAUAUCUUCCCACAGUCGACAGCUGAGGAAGCGUUUCACGAUGGUAUCGGCGAUUUUAACAUCCCAAUGGACAUUGGGAUGGUAGGCCUUGGCACGUUAGGCAUGGGACUUGAUACGACGAUGGGAUAUGACCAUCAGUUCGACGGUACGGGGAUGGACAGCGCGUCUACUCUGAAUCCUGAAUGGAGUCAGUGGAGUAGUUGGAACAGGGGCACGGAGGGAGAAAGUUGA